AUUUUCAGGGUUUUAAGAGUUUGUGUUCAGGCUGAUUCUUUUUCAACAAGAAUCUUCCAAGAAUAUUAGGGUUCUUAUUCUUGGAUCUCCUCAAACAGUGUCCUCUCUGAUUGUAUCCCAGAAGAAGCAUAAAGAUGAUUGUAUUCAACCCAUCUUGUAUUUAAACUGAUCAGGAUUUGGUUAAGAAUGUUGGGAGUUUUUUUUAGCGUACAACGAAGAUAGGAGAUAACACCAAAGCUAAUAGUUAAUUUGGGACUACUCUAGUUUAAAACGGUUUUGUUUCUUUUUAUAUAAUUAUCGGCGUAGAAUUAAAACGAGUUAAAACUUGAAACUGUUAUUGUCUGUCAAAACCAUGAUGGUAAGGUAAAUGUAAAUAUUAUGUUAUUCAGAUAUGAAUUUAAAGUUUUCUUUUUUUUUAAUUAAAGGGUUUUGAGAAUUUAAAAUUUUAUUUUUAAUUUAGUAUUAUUAAAUUAGAAAUUUAAAAUUUUCAUAUUAAAUAUACUCUUGUUAAAUAUGUUUAAGCAGUGGAUGAUAUUUUGUGAUAUUAGGGUGGACAGAUGAAGUUUCAUAAUUAAAUGUAUAAUACAUAAAUUUCAUGGUUUUAGAAUGUUUGCUAAAUAAUUUUAAUGAAAAGCAUAAUACACCCAAAAUUAUCUCCAAUUUAUUAUAACUUAAAUACUUAUAAUUUUUAAAAUCAAAUUGAGUAUAACUCCCUCGGUUGAUGUCUAAUUUCUCGCAAAAAGAGUUUAGUCAUAUUACGUCAUUUAUUAGAAAACUAUUAAAAUUGAUUGAAAGCUUAUUGUUUUGAUUGAAAGCUUGAAUACUAUUUUCACUAGAAAAUUGUAAGAUUUGAUUUUCAAAUGAUGUUAUGCGAUGACAAAAAAAAAAUAAUGUUAUGCAAAUUAUUAGAAAAGUUGAUAAGAAAUCUUCACUGUCAUGCAUAGGGGUAAAAUUUACAAUAUAUAGUAUUUCUAUUAAAUUAUUACGAAAAAUUAAACAAACCCUAUGAAAACAAAUUACGCAAAUAAUUUUCUUAAAAGGUAAAAGUGAAUAAUUUUAUUAUAAAAUAGUAUAUGAUAGUGUUAUGUAAAAAAACUAGAUAUAACUUUUAUAUACAGGUAACUACCAAAUGAAAUGUUAAACAUUCAUUACUAAAAGUGUAUAUUUUUAGAUUAUGUAAAUUUCUGACUAUUUGUUUAGAAAAUGUAGUGAAACUGAAAAAUUAGAAACUUGUAAAAUAAUAAAAACUAACAAAAUAUAUAAGAUAACAAUAUUGAACAGCAUAUAAAAUGAGAACUAAUAAAUAAAUAAUUGGGAAAAACUAAAAGAAACAAGUCACAGGAAAAUUAAUCAAUUUAGGUUUAUAUAAAGUUACUACUAUAGAUAGAAAUCCGUUAUAUAAUUAUUCAGUUGUCACCCCUUCCCCCUUUUUAUUUGUCUUCUUGAUUCUCAUGAAGCUUGUUUUUCUUAUGUAUAUUUAUUCGAAAAAUAGCAAGUAAAAGGUUUUUUUUUUUUAAUCAAAGAUUAUUAAUUUGUGAGAAUUCAGAUGAAAUGAGCAAUUUAGAUGAUGAUGAUGAUGAUGGUUGAUCCGAGGACCUCUGAAGAAUCUAUUUGGGUACGGCCAACGAGAAGGUAAAAGACUUCUCUAUGUUUAGCCAAGUUCAUGAUAUUGUUGAUAGACUUUGUGAAGUUUAUGGGGUAAUGUCGUUAAAUAGUUUUUGCUGUUAUACUUAUUCUGACAAACAAACUAGGUGGAAUGCUGAAAAGUCCCAAAUUUCAUUUAUGUUUAAAAUGGUAAAUUAGUUUAUUUCUUAACUGUUGUCUGGUGGUAUGUUUAUUUUUAGAAUCUAGUUAAUUAGUUUUCUAAUUUUCAUCUUUUCUCAAUACCCUUAUAAUAUGAUAAUCAGAAGACAUGUCCAAGCAGCUUGUGUUGCAAUCAGAGGAUCAUUGUUGAGGGGCAAGAUUGUUACUAACCCUCUGCAUUUCUCUAAACCCAAAAAUUAUAAUGAGGUACUGUUUUCUGAUUAGCAAUACAAGUUCUAAGGCGUGUCCUUUGGUCAUAAGUCUCGUGUUAAUCCUGAACGGAGUGUUUAUCUCUGCGGCACAAGUCAAUUUGUUGAACAAGGUUCACAUUGUCCAUUUGGGAGCAAAGAAACAUGAUACUCCUGAGCUAGUUACUAAAUCACAUUACCAAAUUUUGGAACCAAUUCUUGGAAGCAAAGAAGCUGCCCAGAAAUCUAUAGUAUACAAUUACAAGCAUGGUUUCUCCGGGUUUGCAGCAAAACUUACAGCGUCCCAAGCAAAGAACCUUUCAGCGCAUCCCGAGGUUCUUUGUGUUAUACCAAGUCGAACACUGAGGUUGAAAACAACAAGAGCAUUCGAUUACUUAAGACUUUUGCCUAGUUCUCCAAAAGGUCUUCUACAUGAUACCCGUUUGGGCAGUGAAGCUAUUAUUGGCAUCAUAGACUCAGGGAUAUGGCCAGAGUCAGAGUCAUUCAAGGACACAGGUCUAGGACCGAUCCCGCAACGGUGGAAAGGAAAAUGUGUGUCUGGAGAUGGAUUUGACGCCAGUAAACAUUGCAACAAGAAGCUUAUAGGGGCUGAGUUCUAUGUUGACAGUCUUGCAGCAGAGACGAACGGACAAUAUGAUUUCCAUGCAGAAAAUGAGUAUAGGUCGGCUAGAGAUGGUGCAGGCCACGGCACACACGUGUCUGCGAUAGCUGCUGGCUCUUUUGUGGCUAACGCAAGCUACAAAGGACUUGGUGGAGGAACCGCUAGAGGCGUGGGUCCUCAUGCACGUAUAGCUAUGUACAAGACCUGCUGGGGAAAACUUGGAUGUCUUACACCUGAUGUACUCAAAGCAAUAGAUCAUAGCAUACGUGACGGGGUUGAUGUUAUAUCGAUUUCGAUCGGUGCUGACGCACCUGCCGGUUUCGAAAUUGAUACAAGCGAUGUAUCAUUUGGUUCAUUCCAUGCGGUAAUGAAAGGCAUUCCCGUUGUCUGUUCUGCUGGAAACGAGGGACCGAACGCUCAAACCGUUGAUAACGUUGCUCCAUGGAUCAUAACCGUAGCUGCUACAUCCAUGGACCGCUCCUUCCCUAUCCCCAUCACUCUUGGAAAUAAUAUAACAAUCCUCGGUGAAGGUUUAAACACAUUCCCUGAAGUUGGAUUUACUGAUCUUUUAUUACAAGAGGAAUUGAUGGAAACCUCAAUCGCACAAGGGCAAAUUAAAGGAAAAAUCGUGCUUGCGUUUACUCCAAACAAUGAAGCGAUACAAAAGGCAGACCGUGUAUUGAAUGCUGGAUGUGCUGGCAUCAUCUAUGCACAAUCUGUAGUUGAUCCUACGGUUUGCAGUGGCCUAGAUGUUCCUUGCGCCGUUGUAGAUUACGAAUUUGGAACUGACAUGUUAUACUAUAUCGAGACCACCGAUGUGCCUUUAGCAAAGCUAAGCACUUCCAAGACUCUUGUUGGUCGGCCUGUUGCAUCUAGAGUGGCUCGUUUCUCUUGUAGAGGACCUAAUUCAGUUUCCCCAGCAAUUCUAAAGCCAGACAUAGCAGCACCGGGUGUUAAUAUUCUUUCUGCUGUACCUGAUGGGUAUAAGUUCAUGUCGGGAACAUCAAUGUCAACUCCUAUUGUGUCAGGAAUCGUUGGGCUAAUCAGACAAACCCGCCCUGACUGGUCUCCUGCUGCAAUCCGAUCCGCACUUGUCACAACAGCAUGGAGGACCGAUCCAUCUGGAGAGCCUAUAUUUUCAGAGGGAGCAACACGGAAACUUGCUGAUCCGUUUGACUAUGGAGGAGGGCUGAUCAAUCCAGAGAAAGUCACAGACCCUGGACUUGUUUACGACAUGGGUUUGGAUGACUAUAUUCAUUACUUGUGUUCUGCGGAUUACUCUGAUAAUGAAAUUUCCAAACUAAUUGGGAAACCUAAUCAAUGCCCUUCGCCAAGGCCUUCUAUGCUCGACCUCAACAUGCCUUCGAUCACAAUCCCAAGUCUCACUGGAGAAGUCACCGUGACUAGAACAGUAACGAAUGUUGGACCGGCUGAUUCGGUUUACAAACCCGUUAUUGAGCCUCCUUUUGGAAUAGAGCUUGAGGUGAAUCCGAAGACUCUUGUGUUUGGUUCCAACACAACGAAGAAUACAUUUAGCGUGAGAGUGAGAUCGAAUCAUCAAGUGAACGGGGACUUUUAUUUUGGGAGCUUGUGUUGGACCGAUGGAGCUCACAACGUUACUAUUCCUGUUUCCAUCAGGACAAAGAUCUUGAGGAAUUACGUUUAAUCAUUUUUCACUUGUAAUAUAGUUUUUACCAUGGUAUGUUUCUGAAU